AUGUCCCCGAUCCUCGCCAACAAGCUGAUGAAGGCUACUGUUGCAAAGUUCUUGAAGCUGUACCAGCCACCUUUCUUUCCAUUUAGGUCACUGUCAGAGAGAGUGGUAGAAUUGGAUCUUAUCAGCGCCACUGGUGUCACUGGCGAUCAGCUACUGGUAUCUAACUCUGUCUACCCACCUUUCACCACAGACAUUAUCCAAGCUUUCACUCGCAUCAAUUACCUACAGAACCUAGGGGUCAUUCAUGGCUUGGAAACAAUGGUCUCUAUGGCUACCGAUGGUGCCACUCAAGUUAAAGGUGGCAAUUGGCAAAUGUUCGACCGCAUGCUGAAUGCGUCGGGGGCAACAGUCUACCUCGAUACCGCCGUUUCGUCUCUGGAAAAGAACAGUGCACGGUAUACUCUUACGAGCAAGCCCGCAAAAGCUGCACGGAAUGCUGUAGCAUCGGAACAGAAGUUUGAUAGUGUUGUGAUUGCAGCGCCAUUCCAAUAUUCUGGUCUAAAGCUCUCUGAAGACCUCGUUGAGAAGACCCCUGAUGAGAUACCAUAUGUUCAGCUGCAUGCUACUCUCUUCACAACGCCUUUUGAAGUUGGAUGGUAG